CCAUGAACAAUAUUUAUUGUGUUGUUAUGUAUAUUUUGAUUGGCUGGUUGAUUGUGAAUAGUAAAUACUUAUGAGACUUCAGUGUGUGAUAGGUGCAACACGAACGCCAGACUUUUCGUACAGGAAGGAUGCUGGUAAACAGAAUGGUGCACCAACAACGACAUUGAACUUUCCACCCUGACGUCGCCGUCACAGCUGCGGACUUUUUUUUUCCCGCAAAAACUGCGCGCGCAUCCUAUCGUCUGCUGCUCGCAACAUGUUGAGACCACUCCAACCACUAACACUAGUGCUCAAACAUAUUAUUUCGGAAUCAACCAAGUUUUUUCAAACCAGGCAGCGAGUGGAUGGCAGAAUGGAGCAGUGACAGCAUCCUGUGUGGCGAACAGAUCGUUUGUGAAUGUGGAUUUCCUGUCUGAAACACCCGUUGGAGUGUUAGCGCUCCCCUGUUGAUCCAGUUGAUUCACAAAGAGCGUACGUGGCGGUUAACCCAGAACAAGAAACUGUACGAAGAAGGUAUGCAGCAUUCUGUCCCGAUACCCGAUUCUUGCUGUGCGCACACUGAAUGGAAGAGGCGGAGAGAUGAUCGUUAGUGUGACCGCAAUCGGUUUUAUUUUGAAGGCUAUUUCGGGAGGGGGUGGGAUGCGUGCGCACGCACGCUUCUUCCUUAUUUAAAAAAAAAAAUGCGUCAUUGUGUGAUAGGUAUGAGUAGGAAUUGUAAGAUAAUUAAAUGUAGCGAAUGCACCACUUAUUAAACACCGUCCAGCUGGCUGGCAGUGAUCGGUGCACAGUUGCGCAGUUGAUACAUUUUCUCCCAGCGCGCCAUAGCUGCAGCAAAAUCCUUCCGAAUAACGGGCACUUCCCCUACCCUCCUUUGUGAAAAGGAUAAGUGCAGUAACACCUUUACUCCCGCCGCCAUCCGACUGCUGAAUUCUGAAACUUGAUGUAGCCGCCCUGUUUUAUGUGUAUGCAGAUGCUGAUACGUAUGGAUAAGGUUUACAAGGCAGGAUGCGUGUGUGGCUCACCCCGUCUGUGAAAGGAUUCUUGCGACUGCACGUGACCCGAGACAGCGUCGCUGUACUGCUCGCUGGGCUCUGGUGCCGCUCCUCUUUGGCUAGAGGCGCUUUUCCAACUUCCUCUUCGAAAACUCGGACACGUAGUUCGCUGUGGCCCAACCUCUCUAAGCCGGCUUCCUGCAUCUCGCAGGACUACACACCUUCACGCGGCAGAGGAGGGAAGAGCACGACUGGUUUGCCGAGAGAGCCUACAGUCGCUUCAGGGACCAAAGCGACGCUACGAUGCUACAGUGAAGCGCUGCCCUCCUCUCGUUGUGACCACGCUAGCACUGCAGCCUGAGUUGAGCGUUCACAUCCUUGAUAAAUGUCUUGUCAGACGCGAUGUGCCUGCUUAUUCAUCUGCUAGAAACGUGGGUCCGAUCUUUAGCAUGAAAUCGCUGCCGAUGGUAUAAAAGCCCACUAGGGUCUCCGCCUCCAACACGGGUGCCACAGCAUGAUAGUAUCAACCUACUCCCCCUCCCUCCUCCAAAAGGCACCGCCCCAAGGAAUCGUGCCAUUCCCCUCCCUCCGUGCCUUGACAUUUCGGUAGCAAGGAGUGUCGGAAGCGAGCACAGGGCCUGCUAACAGCGUCUGGCGCCGUGAUUUCGGCGUACAUCAUGACUACUCGGAAACGUGAAAGUACUCACUGUACAAAGGUCUGCGAAAAACCAGCGAAUGGCUCUCGGGAUUAAUAGACGAGUUAAAAUGCUUUCGAAAUAUUUUCCGUACUUUCCACCAGAGGGCGUCAGCGCAGAUGACAAUCUGUCUUUAGCUGUGGAUUUUUUUACAUUGAUAGCUAGAGACUAAAGAAAACGGACGGCAAAAAACUUGUGUUGGUGUCAUCUUCUAAGACGCGUGUGCAUUAUCGUCCGCUGUGUGAAUUAAACGUACAAAGUAUUGCUGUAACAGCAUUACGUAUAAGACUUUUUUGUGAGGCUACAGUGCACGGCGUAUGUUACUGUAAGCGCCUGGGAUCAAAAUUGGUUGUGUAUUUGCUGAAGUAGUUUUCUGUCUAUGUUGUGGCUAAAACCUGUCCGGUGAAGUUGACCUUCGCGGAGUCGCACAUGUCCGCUGAACACUCAUGGAAUAGGCAACAUGAACCUACAGUUGUGGAGAGGGAGUGGCGAGUUACCUUCAUAGAGUUCUAAUGUGUCAUAAUAGAAUACUAACAGCGACUGUAAGCUUGAUGGUUAAACUCUUUACUGGAAGCUGUUCAUGCAUGAGCAACUAAAAUGGAUACUCUGAAAUCCUACUUUCAGCCGCAUCUUACCCAAUAAUCACCAUGUCCGAAAAGGCAGCGGACGUUGGAAAGAUGGUCGGAAAGAGAGGAGGCGAGGGCUGGGGUUGUCGGACGGCCCCCUUCGCUCUGCGUCCACCUUCCCAGAUGGAUCUGCAUAGCGGAACAGGGGAGGACACCUAUUUCCUGACCUCUGACCCGCUGACCUCUUUCACCUCUUUCGACAAGGGACCGAAGCCGAAGUCCCAGUCCGACUUUGCCGCUAGCAACAACACGUUUUGCGUCGCCACAGCGACAGGGACACUGGGAAGAGACUGCACGCGCACUCCCCCACCAACGAAACCCCCCCGGAAGGAUCAGAUUUUCUCGGUCGAGCUCCUCAUUCACGGUAGUAACGGAGUAGGAGUAGAAAUCGAUGCGAUACCGAUGUCCAACAGGGAGAGAAACAGCAGCGAUGGUGUAGCAGAUGGUAAUCGCACGACCUUGGCCUCGUCUCCGCCCCAGGGGCUGGGCUUCUCGUCCCCGGGGUCAGGCUCCGUCAUGAGAGUAGUGGCAGUGACUGAAGGGGGUACUGCCCACCGGGAUGGAAGGAUAAAGGUUAAUGACGAAGUGAUCGACAUUAAUGGGAGAUCCCUUCUGCGAGAGACAAAGGAUUCCGUCAGACAACUUCUGGCAGCAGCUGCCUUAUCUGGUCACGUGGUGAUGACACUCCGCCGCCGGCGCCGCAAAGCGGCACCACCCCCACCAUUGCCAAUCCGUCACACCCCUUCCUUACAGGAGUCACCUGCACCGAGGCGAGCGUCGGCUGAACGGCCAUUCCCCACCAGCGCGCUGUCCUUCUCCACCACCUGCCUCACACAGGACUGGGCCGACACCAGACGUGCCUCUACCGACGAAGACGACCACUUUCUUCUUCAGCACAACCGCCCACACAUGUCCCUAUCAAACUGCGAGCUAAACGACUCUUCUGACGACGUCUUCGCCGACUGCUCAACGCCGUCCGACCGGGUCAUCUACAUUAACCUGCCCAGCCCUCGCACCAACCUCCGCCGCACCACCACCAACAAUAACACCAUCAUCAUCAACAACAAGAACAACAAAAACAAGAGAGGUCGAGAACAUGGCAGGACGAGGCGAGAGCACGACAGGAGGGGGAUGACAGCAGGCAAGUCAGUGGACAGCUUGGUGAGCUUCGACGACGUCAAGAACCGAUCUCACAGUUCCUCCACUAUCGAGGAUCUCGUGCAGUGGACGGUUUCGGACUCCAAGGAGGGCGCUGGUCGUUAUGCAAGGGACUUGCAGUUUCAUAGAGACAGGACCCCCAACGGCUGCCUGGGGGGAGAACUGAGGCGCCAGAGCUCCACUUCCACUCUUGUCGGGGAUUGCGGUAGCCACCAGGGCAGCAUGGAGUCCCUCAACGGACCAGUUGGGGUCCGCACGAACGGUCACGGGGCUAGCAGUGUCACUCCCAUCAGAAGGCUGGUGGAGCGAAACUUGCUCAAGAAUCAUCAAGACUUCUAUGUCAGCCAUCGCCCAGAGACCGCUUCGCCUUCCACUGUCAGUCUUGGCAGCUUUGGAGUGUAUGAUGGCGCCACCAGUUCCUCCUCUUCGUCCUCGUCGCCGGUUACAUCAGGCAAGAGACGCCUUAUCACCAAACUGCACUUGCUGAAGGAUGAAAAUGGACUUGGUAUUCAUAUUGCUGGCGGCAAGGGGAGCAAGAAAGGUGAUAUUGGUAUUUUUGUUGCGGCCAUUACAGAAGGAGGCCCGGCAUUUAGGGAUGGCCGGUUAAAGCGAGGCGAUGAGUUAUUGAUGAUCAAUGGACAAAGUCUAGUGGGGCUGACUCAUCAGGAAGCAGUGGAUUCCCUGCGCAGCGCUCCUAGCCUUGUGCAGCUUGUGGUUGCAUCAAAGCUGCGGAAGUCAGCAUCCAUUGCAAGCACGCCUCUUCCCAGUAGCCCUAGGAUUAAAUCGCCCCCUCCAGUGUUAGAAAAGAAGAAAAUAGCCUCCAUCCCUCAAGUCCAAGCACAAACACCUUGUGGGACUGUCAUGAAAUGGGAAGACAUUGCUGAGAAAUUUCACGAAGCAGAUUUACAGCACAGCAGAAACAGACCACACAUCAGUAAUGGUCUGGUUCACUCAAAAUUUGGCCCACCUCAGACUGUCUGUGUGCAAAAAGGGGCAAAACGCAAAGGUCUUGGGUUCACCAUUGUUGGUGGAGUAGAUUCUGGACGAGGAAACAUGGGGAUUUUUGUCAGACGGAUUUUCCCUUCAGGUGCUAUAGCUGAUGAUGGGAACAUGAAAGAAGGUGAUGAGAUACUACAGUUGAAUGGAGAGUCUUUGCAAGGCCUUACACACAAGCAAGUUAUUGCCAUGUUUCGUAGCCUUCGCCAAGGGCCAGUCACUCUAGUAUUCCGGUCUCGACGGGCUUCAGCAACACCAAGUCCCUGCCAUUCACCAUCUCCAUCUCCAGAUGGCAGUCCAGUAUCCACUCCCAGCCAUUCACCAUACCACACACCACAGAACAGCAUUUCUGAUUGUCCUGCUUCUGCUGAAUCGAGCUCAUCAAGUGGCACUUCCAACAAGCACCACCCUCGUGGCACGAGUCCUCCACCCAUUCCUAUCCAGAGAACGUCACCUAUGUGUGGAUCUGGAUUGUUCAGGAGCCAUCAACACUUAGCACUGAGCAAAGAAGGGGGAAAAAACUCAUGAUGAGGGAUCAAAUUGUGACCAGCACUGUUUGGUCAAA